CAGGUCAAGAAAGCUAUUUCUGCUUUGUACAAGUAUAACACUACCAAGUCCGAUAACGACAUGCUUGACAGCGAUGAGGAUAACUACGUCUACGUCCAAAUUUCCACCCACAAAAUUAUGAACAAGGCCUCUUUGAAAAAGUCAAAGAUCGCCCUCAAACAUUCCCCUUACCCUGACAACUACGAAAUUUGUUUGAUCACAAAGGAAUCCGAGAAAGUUAUGGAAGACAAGAUUAAGUCAAUCACACCCAUUAAGAAGGCUGUUAGUGUUGCCACCUUAAAGUCCACAUAUAAGAACUAUGAAGCUAGAAGAAAGCUUUGCGAUUCAUAUGACCUUUUCCUCGUUGACGACAGAGUUGCUCACCUUAUGCCCAAGCUUCUUGGAAAGUCUUUCUUUGCAAAGAACAAGGCACCAAUUGCUAUCAAAACAACCAACUUAAAAAAAUCAAUUGAAGCUACCUUAGAAGCUACCUUCGUAAAGUUGAACAAUGGUGUUAACACCCUCAUCACUGUUGGUAACUUUGGUAUGCCUCAAGAACAAAUUUUAGACAAUUGCGAAGCCGCUAUUCCUGCGCUUGUCAAGAUUGUUGCACACGAAUGGAAGCAAGUAAAUUUGAUUAGUUUGAAGUCACAAAAAUCCCCAUCUCUCCCUGUAUAUACUGCUUUACCCGUCGCCGAAGAUGUUAAGGAGAAAAAGGCUAAAAAGGUCACUAAGGAGGUUGUUGCACCCGUUAAGGAAGCUGCACCCGUAGAAAAGAAAGCCGCCCCUGCUAAGAAGGCUGCUGCUCCCAAGACUGCCACUCCUAAGAAGGUUGUCCCCAAG